CGACUUUUAUACCUUCUAGAUAUAAUACGAAAGUGAAGUAAAUAAAUGUAUUGGAACGGUCGAUCUACAGCAAACUACAAUCAUGUAUUUCACUCUUAUAACGUUCUUCUUCAUGACAGCAUUAAAAAUGUCUACAGCUACUCACGAACUGAAUAAUCGAAAAUCAGAAUCACCUACCUACAUACAGAGUGGCGUAGUUAAAUUAAUUAUUGAAGCUUACACGGAUAAUUUAUUGAGGGAGCUAGAAGCACACUCUCAUACGAAACUGUCCGCCAGUCAAAGUACUGUUAUUCGACAAAAGUUGAAUCAGCUACACGAUCAUAUAGUGCAGCAUCCUUCGUUACGUCAAUCUAGAUUAUGGGUGGGAGACGAAGAACCAACAAAAACGGAUAACGAUGACGAGGACGGUGAUAAUGGUCUAUCUUAUUAUUCUGUGGGUAAAAGAAGACCAAGAUAUCCACCACAGGAAGUUUGUAGGACCAAUCCGCAAUGGGAGAUCAUUAACAUAACUCACGAUUUCUAUAAUAAGCCGGUGCAGAUUGUCCAGGAUAGUAUAAGACAAUAUGUUUUCACCUAUCGUUGCGUGCAACCCGCUCAUCCGUGUACAGGAGUUUCUUACAGGUUUCGUAGCGAAUGUACGGAAAGAUAUGGCUGGGUAUAUGUUUAUUAUCGGAAAUUAGAUCCACCGAACAGUGCACCAGAAUGGGGAUAUGUCGCAGUACCUCACCAUUGCGCUUGUAAGAUAACACGUUAAAAUGUAACAAGAAAGAAAAAAAAUAGUAAAAACAGUUUAAAGAAGUUAGAAAAAUAAUAAUUUAAAAAUUAUAAUUUUUAUUUUAUUUUUUAAUUUGUAAACAAUAUAAUUUGAAGAAACUAAAAUUUAUUCCCUAUUAUUAUUUUUUAUUACUUUUUAUGAUAGAGUUUUGAGAUUGAACUAUGCAUGUAGCUUUAACAGACUAAAUUAAAUAAUUACGAUUUUUUUCUUAUGUAAAUAA